ACUCCUCUGGCGCAAGACGAAAGAGAAAGACUUCCUUGUAGCUCCACUGUCUCUGCAAAAAUGGCGGACACGUGUGGCCAAGUCUUGCUGGGAUCAGGGCUCACAGUCCUCUCCCAUCCUCUGAUGUACAUCAAAGUCCUGAUCCAGGUAGGACAUGAGCCACUCGCUCCCAGCCUGGGCAGGAACCUGUUUGGCAGACAAGUCUACCAGCUGCCAGGACUGUUUGCUUAUGCCAAACACAUCAUGAAGAUAGAUGGAACAGUGGGUCUCUUCAAAGGGCUCGGGCCAAGGCUCUGUGCCGGCUCCAUCGGCACCAUUGUGCACAGCACUGUUGUGCAGAAAUGUCAAGAGCACGGCACACCUCAGGUACUGGGAGGUCAGCAGAAGGCUGUGGAGGGCUCCCUACAGCACGUUGUUAACGAGACAACCAAAGAGAUGAUAGCCCGAUCCUGCGCCACCAUUGUCACGCAUCCCUUCCAUGUGAUUACUUUGCGAUGUAUGGUCCAGUUUAUUGGGAGAGAAACAAAAUACAGCGGGGUGUUUGACUCCAUAGUCACAGUCUACAGAGAAGAAGGCUUACUGGGCUUCUUUGCCGGUUUGAUUCCUCGCCUGCUCGGUGACGUCCUGUCUCUGUGGAUUUGUAACCUGCUGGCUCACCUCAUCAAUACAUACGCCAUCGAUGACUCGAUGAGUCACACAGGAGAAAUCAAGAACUGCUCUCAGGCUGUGACAGGGUUCUUUGCCAGUAUGCUCACAUACCCUUUCGUUUUGGUGUCAAACCUCAUGGCUGUCAAUAACUGCGGGCUCGCUGGAGGCCUGCCUCCCUAUGCAUCGGUAUGUCCCACCUGGGUGGACUGCUGGAGGCAUCUAAGCAGAGAGGGCAACAUGAGCAGAGGCAACAGUUUAUUCUUCCGGAAGCUUCCGGCAGGAAAGAUAUACGCCGUUGACCAGAAGAGAUUUUUUUAAAAGCCUCAAGAGAACUGAGCUGAACAUAGUUGCGAUAAUAAAACAAAACAGAAAUCAACAUUGCCUGAUCUGGAGGUUGGACAGUCGGCACUUAAUCUUUAUUUUUUUUUUUGUAUGCACUUGUUUACUAUGUGUUUUUUUUUUUUUUGUCAACCUGCCAUCAUGUGAAAUAAAAACACAUUUCCAGCAGGUUUUGUUUUAACACAUUGAAACUUCAGGGCUGUGAGAUAAUACGACGGAGCAUUUAUCAUUUUAAAACCCACAUGUACUAAAUCUGAUGGUGGAUGGCUCAUGCUGGCGAACCCAUCAUCUUCAUAAUGAACCCAUGUGUUAAGUCUUUUUUUUUUAAAUGUAUAGAGUAUCGACAAUGGCUCCCCUUCAUCCAACGUGAUGGGAUUUGUUUGUUGAAAACAGCACUUCAGUCUGCAUGUGGUAACGUCUAAUAAUGCACAUGUUAGUGAUCGAGUGGGACCUCUUGUCAUGUGAUAUUGUCUCGAUGUGUUAAUUCUAAAGCUCAGCGGGCGCGUAACGCUAGUGAAGAGGAGGGAGAGGUGAUGGUUGUUCAGGAGCAUGUUUGGAUGGGCGGAGGCGUGGAGGGUAGCCGGAGCUGACCAAUGUUUUGUUGGCGCUCUGAGCAGCCAAGUGCUUGUAUCAUGUUCUGACUGACCCAAAUAAUAAAUUUUUUUUUUUUUU